AGUGCAGACAUUUGAGAAGUCGUUAUAGAGACUGAAAUCAGGGAAGUCGACUAACGGCGCCUCCCAUUUGGAGAGUGAAGACGCCGUUAUCGUAACGCACUUUAUCCGCGUAACUUUGCUCGUGCAGCUGCUCAUAUGAUGUGACUGUAACCCCCGUUGGACCUGGGGGGAUAGGGGGGGACUAUCCACAUUCAUUUUACGGAUUAUAUUUUUGUUUUUAUGUACUAUAUUUUUAUCAGUGCACUCUGGACAACAAUAUGGACAGUUUGAAAAUCAGAGAGCAAAGGCAUAAGUAAAGAUGACCUUAAAAGCAACCAAAGUAUGGUUUUUCAGUCUCGUUCCUGUUGUGCUAUUCUUCAUCUGUUACUACUGCACCCAGAUUUACUUUGACAGCUGUUGCAGCACUGGAAAGUCCCCUCAACCGACUGUUUUUCUAUGUGACAACAGCACAGUGAAAAAAUGGAACACUCUUAAUUUGAGCAUGGGCAGAAACACAGAGCUCUUUUUGAAGAUGGAGGAUUUCUUCUGGAAAAAACACAUGUCUAUUCAUGCUCUGCCCUAUGGAAUUAAAGGCAGUGAGUUCAUGCUUCUGAAGAUCUUAGCAAUGGUUUCCAGCUACGGAAUGCCAGCAAACAUUGAGAGCAGUUUAGAUUGCAGGACAUGUGUGGUCAUUGGAAACAGCUUUUCCAUUAAAAACAGUUCACUGGGGGAGAUCAUUAACAAAUACGACAUGGUGAUCAGGCUAAACAAUGCCCCGGUCAGAGGCUUCGAGGAGGACGUGGGUAACAAAACCACCCUGCGCCUAUUCUAUCCUGAAUCAGCGUCUCCUAACCCGGGUCUCCACAAUAACCCAGACACCCUCCUGGUCCUGGUACCUUUCAAAGAUCACGACCUCCGGUGGCUCAAAGUGAUCUUAUACAACGAGAAAAGGGUUCUAAAAGGCUUUUGGAAACCUCCUCCACAAAUCUGGCUUGGCGGGACCAGUCAGAUCCGUGUGCUGGAUCCUUAUUUUCUUCGUCUGACAGCCAGCAAUCUUCUUAAAAUUCCCCUGAAACCGAACCGACAACAGAAGCCAGUGCAUCCAACCACUGGUAUUCUGGCAGUGUUUGUGGCACUAAACUACUGUGAUGUCGUCCACCUGGCUGGAUUUGGAUAUCCGGAGGCCAGAAACCAGCAAUAUCCAAUCCAUUACUAUGGACAGGACACACUGAAGUCCAUGAAGAAUUCCAACCAUGAUCUGAAUCAAGAGGCACAAGUUCUGAAGAGACUGGAAGAACAGGGGCUCAUUUCGUACCUUCGGCAUUCUUAGCACAUUUACAAAUACUGCUCCUGAGUAUUUUUUAUAUGGUCACAUGUGUAUAUACAGCAUAGUACAAACAGUAUUCACUAAAAUACAAAGUGUUUUUUCGUUUUUGAAAUCUACAUAAGCCACAGUAAGGCAGAGGCUCAUGUUUGAAUUGAAUUAAAUGACAAAGCCACAGAGCUGUUACAGUAGUUAAGUAAGAUUUCUGCAUUUGUGUGAUUAACACAAAUUUUCUCUGACAUUAGGAUAUUUAUAAUUAAUGCUCUUUCUCUCGUUUGCUUUACAAUAUUGCCACUGGAUAUUUUGUAAGUAUUUAAUUAAAAUAAAAUGUUGUUUUAUGCUGAAAA